AACACUCGCUCUGUCUCUCUCUCUCUCACACACACACACACACACACACACACACACACACCAAAACAACGUCGGUCCUGCUUUUUACCACCUGCUCUCCAGUGGGUCAUGGAGGUCAAUGGAGAGCUGGGGGGAGAUUGCAUCUGACCCUGCGGGGAAGUAUGGGUCAUCAGAAGCGUGAGUGGCGAUUUGCAGCUUGACUCUUUAAACCCGUAGCGUUAUUAGGCGAGCCCAGCCGGACAGAUUAGGGUCCUGUUUGCUGGGAAGGAGAAAUGACGAGAGCAGUGAGGAGGGAACUGAGCGGCUCCUCGUGGCACGCAGACAGCCUUCGCCAGCUUGGUUAGCUGAGCAGAUUUUGUUUGGCUGACCUUUUUAAAGGUUAGCUUUCAGGAAGCGCUGAAGCAAGAAAAGCAGGAGGAAUGCCCGCUCCUGAGCAGAGCCCAGUGUCGGAGGAGGGACUACUGCUGCCGGUCAGAGAAGGACUAGCCAGUCACAACAUGGAGUCUGACGGUGCUGCAAAUAAUAUCCUGGCCUCUGUCAAAGAGCAAGAGCUCCAGUUUGAGAGGCUGACCAGGGAGCUGGAGGCGGAGCGACAGAUUGUGGCCAAUCAACUGGAACGAUGCAGGCUGGAGGCGGAGUCACCAGGAGCUGCGAGUGGCAGUUCUUCUGAGAAGUCUCUACCCUGGAGACCUGCAGACGCGUCGACCAAUGCCAGGUCUCGGGUGACAGACAGCUCGCAGUCGGCCGCGUUCCGUACGGGGGCGGAGGCGGAGCAGCCGGCGCUGGGUUCGGCGGGGCGGAGCUCGCUGCUAGAACGGUCGGUCGGGAACUCUCACAGCUCCACCCAGAUGAACUCGUACGCUGAUAGUGGCUACCAGGAUGCCGGCAGUUACUACAGCAGCCAGACCCUGGGCAAGGUGGAGGUGCGGCUGCAGCCCUCGUACCCAGCCACGGGUGUUGCUACCGGUGGUUCGCUCCUGAGGAGCUCGAGGGCAGAGGGCCAGGCUUCAGGCCAGAUGUCUGGUGUUGCGGGUGGGGCGAUCCCGGGCCGGGCCAUGCGGCGGGUCGGCUCCGUGCCGUCCCGGACGCAGUCGCCCGCCUACAGCUGCGGCAUCUCACCGUCCCGUGGCUCGCUCCGGGCGUCGCCGGGCAGCACCUACAGCUCUCCCAUCGUCACGGAGCCAAAGCCCCUGUCCAGCAUAUUCUCCAGCACCACCCUGCCAGGCCCCCAGCGGGCGAGCUCGCCCUACACCGCCCAGAAGGGCUCACCCGCAACCCUGCGCCGGAUGGGCAGUGCUAGCCGUGCCACCUCGCCCUACGCGGGCCGGAUGGGAUCGCCGCUGAGCGCGGCGAGUGGAGAGGCGCAGGCGGGAUCCGGCUCGUCUCUGGGGCGGCCGGGAAUGAUGGCCGUGCCUCAGCACUACGGGGCCACCCUCCCCAGGACGUUGCUGCGCGACGCCCCGGAGCCCUACGGCGCACACUCCUACGAGAUAUACGAAAGAGUGGUGCCGCGGCCCGACAGCCUGACAGAUGCCCUGAUUGAUGCCCUUCCAGGCCUGCGAGCGUCAUUCGCGAGUCAGCACAGCCAUCACGGGACUGACCUCCGCUCGGCUGUGUCCCCUGAGCGCCACAUCGGACCCAUCUACGAGGAUCGCGCACUGCAGGGGCCCCUCUACCACAGCCCCAGUCAUGUCUCACACACUGCCCUCUACAGGUCAUCCUCAGGUCUGCAGCCUCAUUUAUUCAGUCAAGGUGUGGGGAACCUGCAGCGAAGCUCUAGCCAGCGUAGCAACAUGACGUACCAAAGAAGCAGCAGCUACGCGUUGAGCGGAGCAGCUCCGUACACAGAGCCGUAUCGUGCCGGCACCUACCGCCCCCCCGAAGGCGGCUACGCCCGGCAGGUCGUCACCAUGGAUGACGGCGCUGCCCGCUCCCCCUCCAUUGACAGCAUUCAGAAAGACCCCAGAGAGUUUGCAUGGAGGGACCCAGAGCUGCCAGAGGUGAUCCGCAUGCUCCAGCACCAGUUCCCCUCUGUGCAGGCCAACGCUGCAGCCUACCUCCAGCACCUGUGCUUCGGAGAUAACCGCACCAAGGCAGAGGUGUGUCGGCUGAAUGGGAUCAAGCACCUGGUGGAUCUGCUGGACCACAAGGUCCUGGAAGUGCAGCGGAACGCGUGCGGUGCACUGAGGAACCUGGUGUACGGCAAAGCCGAUGACAACAAGAUCGCCGUGAGGAACGCUGGGGGCGUGCCCGCUCUACUCCGCCUACUGAGGAAGACUGUGGACGCUGAAGUGCGAGAGGUCAUCACGGGGGUCCUGUGGAACCUGUCCUCUUGUGAUGCCGUUAAGAUGACAAUCGUCCACGAUGCCUUAACGACUCUGACCAACACUGUGAUCAUUCCCCAUUCCGGCUGGAGCAACUCGUCCUAUGAUGAUGACCACAAGCUCAAAUUCCAUUCUUCACUUGUGCUCCGCAACACUACCGGCUGCCUGAGGAACCUGAGCUCGGCAGGUGAAGAGGCCAGGAAGCAGCUGCGCUGCUGCGACGGGCUGGUGGACUCGCUGCUCUACGUCAUCAAAGCCUGCGUUAGCACAUCAGACUUCGACAGCAAGAUUGUGGAGAACUGUAUUUGCACUCUGCGGAAUCUCUCAUACCGGUUGGAGCUGGAGAUCCCACCCUCACGUCUGAUAACCACUGAGGAGGUAGACGGGUCACUGGGGUCGGAGUCACCCAGUAAAGAGGCAGACUACAGCUGCUGGGGGAGGAAGAGGAAGAAAAAGAGGAAGAGCAUCAAGGAGGAGCAGUGGGAUGGUGUGGGACCCAUCCCUGGCUUUUCCAAGUCUCCUAAAGGCGCUGAGAUGCUGUGGCACCCUGCAGUGGUGAAGCCCUAUCUCACCCUGCUGGCAGAGAGCUCCAACCCUGCAACACUAGAGGGCGCUGCUGGGUCACUACAGAACCUCUCCGCAGGCCACUGGAAGUUCUCGGCAUAUAUCCGUGGGGCCGUGCGGAAGGAGAAAGGUCUGCCAAUCCUGGUAGAGCUCCUGCGGAUGGAUAACGACCGUGUGGUGUGUUCCGUUGCCACGGCGCUCAGGAACAUGGCCUUGGAUGUUAGGAACAAGGAGCUGAUAGGGAAGUAUGCAAUGCGGGACUUGGUGAACCGGCUGCCCGGGGGAAGCACCACUCUGCUGUCUGAUGAAACGGUGGCAGCUAUUUGCUGCACGCUGCACGAGGUGUCCAGCAGGAACAUGGAGAACGCCAAAGCCCUGGCCGACACGGGCGGCAUCGAAAAACUCAUCAACAUCACCAAAGGCCGUGGAGAUAGGUACUCUAUGAAGGUGGUGAAGGCAGCCGCGCAGGUCCUCAAUACACUGUGGCAGUACAGAGACCUGCGCACCAUCUACAAGAAGGAUGGCUGGAAUCAAAACCACUUCUUGACUCCUGUGUCCACUCUGGAGCGAGACCGCUUCAAGUCCCAGCCUACGUUACCCUCCACUUCCAUUCAGAUGUCUCCAGUCCACCAGACAACGGUCAGCGUAACCUCAUCCCCAGCUGUGCUGGGCAUUAAGGAACAAUGCUCAGAUUACCAGAGGACGCAGCCAUCUAUGCAAUUUUAUAACUACCAAGGAGACAGUGUUCACAAAACCCCAUACACAGGGUCUGUGAAAGCAUCUCCCUUUUACAUCAGCUCCUAUUCCUCGCCUAGCAGAGAGGAGUCGAGGAGAGCCCAGCAUAUGUACUACGGCGAUGAGGGUGGUGCGAGGAAUUAUGAGCAGUAUCGGAUGUACCUUCAGUCUCCCCAGGGCUACGAGGAGCCGUACCUGGAGCAGGCUGUGCAGUACUCCACGGCUGACUACACCACACAGCCCCACGCCCUCAAAACCACCACCAACUACGUGGACUUCUACUCCACCACACGGAGAGCCUCGUAUCGGACCGAGCAGUACCCGGGCUCGCCGGACUCCUGGGUGUAGAGAAGGCAGAGACGCUCAGACUGUUCCACAAACAUGAAAAGAGAACUUUAGAACUGCGCUUUUGAUUUUAAGUUGAAUUUCUGAAUGUGGCUGAUGGAAAGACAAAAAUGUUUAGCCAAAGAAGGAAAAGAUGGAAUGUGUGGUUUUAUAUACCGAAGAAGAAAGGUAGAACCAUGGUGCGUGCGUGUGAGUGUGUGGGAACAGUAUGCAAAUGCUGUGAAUCUGUGGACCAGAGUUCUGCUCAGACUGGCUAAUUAGAUUAUUUUCCUGUAUGGAAAUGCUGAUAACGGGUUUGAUGUAGGACUGGGUGAAGUGCAGAAAUGCAGAAAGGUUUUGCGUGAGUAAAUCAGAAAGGUUGUUUGUAUGUGCUUAGGGUGGAAGUGAUCAUGAACCCAUACCUGAAAAGAAAAAAGAUGAUGAUUAUUGAUAUUAACAAUGAUUAAAUAAUGAUCUAAUUACUAGUUUAUACAGAAGGAACAAAAUUGUAUCGUAUUUCUUGUUGAGAUUGUGAAUGCCACAGAGUCUUGUACAUUUCUUUCAGAAUAUUGUAAAUAUAGAAGAGAGAUAAAAUGGCACCUGGUUUAUGCUCUUGUGUGCUGGAGACUUGUGCCAUGUUAAAGAGACAUAGAAUUCCAUAAUCCAGAGCCAAGGGCAGGAUUGGCAUCAUAAUCCUACAGUCAAUCUGAUGUAAUAAAAAUUUCAUCUUUGUUUUUUUUUA